AUGCGUACAGAAGCUGAAUGGAGAAAUGAUACAGCAUCUCAAGCUGGAUCCAAUCGAUUCUCUUCUACAAGUCACGUUUCCAUGGGGCAAUAUUCCGAAUAUACGGAGGAAUAUGAAACAUACUGGGACAAUAGCGGUUGGGAUUUCAGUCACAAUAUACUGGAAAACAUCAUGCAGAGUAAUGCCUUAAGCACGCAUGCAAAAGGAAAUCCUACAGAAUGCUUCCAAACAUCUGACACAGGAAGUAAUGGCCGUAUGCCAGUAGGUAUAUACAACGCAAACCUGGACACUAGCAUACAGGGUAAUGCCUUGAACACGCAUGCUCAAGGAAAUUCUACAGACUACCGAUGUAAACGUUUUAUUGAUGAAAUUGAACUAAAAAAUGAAAAAAAAGGAAUUUCACACAUCGAUAAAUCGAAGAGUUACAUCCGCAAGUACAUUAAGGGCACUGGAGCAAUCGAAGAUUUGCGCAACGCAAUAAACACAUCAACCAUCGAAUAUGACUCUGAAAGGAAACAUGAAGAUCUUAGGGGAGAAAUAAUGGAUGAAGUCAAGAAUGAUCAAAUUGUUUCCGAAGCUGUACAAGAGUUGAGUGAUCUUGGGAAAAGGGAAAAUGCAAGUGAUACUGAGGAAGAACGAGUAUUAAAAAGGCAAUAUAAUCGAGACGGUUACAUCACACCACUACCACGACGACUGGAUAACCUUAUUAUUGAGUCACCUAAGUUUUCGGAAUCCAAUCAGCACUCUAUCUUUUAUGGAGGACUUCCAAGUUAUGAAGAGGGCAUAGAGAUUGACCCGGAAUUAGUACUUAAAGAAACUAAUGAAGUUAUAAUUCCUUAUUUUGAACGCUCUUUCAAUUAUGAUUUUUGGAAUUGUUGGACAUUAAAAUCUGGUUCGGUAGUUACUGAAUUGCUAGAGAAAGCAUCAAAUGUCAAAGGACAUCCUCUGAGACCAGAGGUUUGGAGAAUCAUCCGUUAUGGUUUCAAGAUAGCAAAACCAAAAUGGUUAAGUAAUGAAGAGUACACCGAGAUACAGAGCUUUGCUAAAUGCUCAAGUAUUACAAGCCCUCCAAAAGAUAUUAUUGAACUUUUGAAAAUAAAAUUAUUAAAAUCUUUGGAAUUAGAAGUAAAAAAGUUCAAAAAAGACAAAUUAAAUGCCCAUCUCCUGGAAAAUAUUACUAGCCAGAAUUUCGGUGAAGAUCUUAAUUUGGAAACUAUUAAGAUAACUUGUUCAAUAUUAUAUCCUGAAGAUACAUUCACUGCUUUUUUCGUAAAAAUUUUAUCUUUAUUCCAUAAAUUUGUUUUUAUAGAAGGUUCUGUUAUGCAACAGCCAGAUGUUUUAGAGGCUGAUUAUGGAGAUUAUCUGAUAUAUCCUUGCUUAAAAAAAAAUACUUGUAGGCUUAGAAAAUAG